AUGAGGUCGAAAUUCAAGGAUGAACACCCGUUCGAAAAGCGAAAGGCCGAAGCUGAAAGGAUUCGACAAAAAUAUCCAGAUAGAAUUCCUGUCAUUUGUGAGAAAGUUGAAAAGUCGGAUAUUGCUACGAUUGAUAAAAAGAAAUAUCUUGUUCCAGCUGAUUUAACUGUUGGACAAUUUGUCUAUGUUAUUCGGAAGCGUAUCAAGUUGAGUCCAGAGAAGGCAAUUUUCAUCUUUGUCGAUGACGUUCUCCCGCCUACCGCCGCUCUGAUGUCCAGUAUCUACGAAGAGCACAAGGACGAUGAUGGAUUCCUAUACAUAACUUACUCUGGAGAAAAUACUUUUGGAUGCUAA